UCUGCUGCUUAAGCCCAUACCAUGAUUAGCAAACAAGAAAAAAAACAGCACUACGUUCCGGUAACGUUAAACCCUUCUCGCAGUUGCUCGUUCUUCUUUACUUAAAAUGAAUUCCGUAGCAGCAAGACUCGCCAAGCAUAUGCGACUCUCUUCUUACGCUGCUGUGCCGAGAAGCGCGGCGGUAUGGUACUCAACUUUGAUAUCUGAAACCGAUGUUGAUCAGCCUUCAGCAAAUAAGGAAGAAUUAGAUGGUGAGUUUGAUGAUUUUCUUGGUGGUAGACCUGAUUUACAGCUGCAAGGUGUUGAUCCUAGAAGAGGUUGGGGAUUCCGGGGCGUGCACAAGGCAAUUAUUUGUGGAAAAGUUGGCCAAGCCCCUGUACAGAAGAUAUUAAGGAAUGGGAAGAACGUAACCAUCUUUACAGUUGGAACAGGGGGGAUGUAUGACCAAAGAAUUAUAGGAUCAAAGGAUUUACCAAAACCUGCUCAGUGGCAUCGCAUUGCUGUGCAUAAUGACGUACUAGGCGCUUAUGCAGUUCAACAACUUUUUAAAAAUUCUUCGGUGUAUGUUGAGGGUGAAAUUGAGACUAGAGUUUACAAUGAUAGUAUUAAUGGCGAAGUUAAAAGCAUUCCAGAGAUAUGCGUUCGCCGUGAUGGGAAACUCCGCCUAAUCAAAAGUGGAGAGAGCGUUGAUAAAAUUUCUUUAGACGAAUUGCGAGAGGGAUUGUUUUAGAAGAAAUCGACACAUUUAAUGGAGAAAUGGAGGCAUCUACAUUUGUAAGAAUUGGAGAAAUAGAAACAUCUGCAUCUGUAAUAAAAACAUAUUUGUAGUGAAUAGCAGCAUUUGUAAUGAACACCAAGAUGAUUAUCCUUUAGCUUUCUGAAUGUGUCUCCCACAUUUUAUUUUCUUAUGAGAGAGGUACUAGGUGUACAAGAUAGGGGUGAUCGUAUCCGAACCAAUUCAAAAGCAAAACCGCAAAUCGAACCAAUCCAAACCGAAACCGCAAAAAACCGCAUUUGGUUUGGAUGAUUUUGGAUGAUUUUUGGAGUGAACCGCGCGGUUCGGUUUGGUUUGCGGUUUGUAUUUCACAAAACCGAACCAAACCGAAACAAACCGCAUGUUUAAUUUAAGUUUUGAAUUUUAAUAGUUAAUUUAUUAUCUUUCCAAAUCCAAUUGCAUAAAGCCACACCUCACGUUUUGAAUUUUAAUAAUUAAUUUAUUAACUUAAGUUUUGGCAUAAUCAACUUAGUUUUUGUAUUUUAUUGAGCUACAUAUAUAUGUAAUUGUCUACUGUCUAAAUAUGUAUUUCAUUUAUAAUGUAUUUUUAGUUCUCUACUGUUCUUAUAAUAUAAUUUCUUUUGUAUGGUAUAAUAUCAUAUAUUAUAUUGGCAUUGAAUUACUUUCCUUUUUCCUUUUAUUUCAGUACAUUUUUAUUUUAUAGUGUAAACCGCAGUCAACCGAACCGAUCCUAACCGCAUUGGAUUGGUUUGGUUUGGUUUGGAUGAUUUAUUAAAAAUCAACCGAACCAAACCGAACCGCAUGCAUUUUUAUCUCGCGGUUAGGAUGACUUUUAUGCUCAAAACCGAACCAAACCGCACCGCGAACACCCCUAGUAC